AUUCCCAGCUCAGUUGAUCGCACAGCUCGAUAGAUUUCGGUUUUAUACACCUCUAGAGAAUACUGUUUAGCGGUUCAUUAAAUUGCAGUUUAAAACAAAUCUUUUUCGGACAAAAGUACUGCUUAAAAUGGCUGCCAACAAAUUGUGCUGCACAUUGGCCAUUGGCGCUUUAUUGUGCCUGGGAUUCGCUGCUCUCAUUCAAGCCCAGGAUAAGCCGGUGACUGAUGUGUGCCUGGGCUGCAUCUGCGAGGCCAUCAGUGGAUGCAAUCAGACCCGUUACUGCGGCGGCGGAGUCUGUGGCCUGUUUCGCAUUACCUGGGCCUACUGGUCCGACGGCGGCAAGCUGACCUUGGGCAACGAGAGUCCCCAGGCGGAGGACGCAUAUGCCAACUGCGUGAACGAUCCGUACUGUGCGGCCAACACGAUCCAGAAUUACAUGACCAAGUUCGGACAGGAUUGCAAUGGUGAUAAUGCCAUCGAUUGCUAUGAUUUUGCGGCUAUCCACAAGUUGGGAGGAUACGGGUGCAAGGGCGAGCUGAGCUAUCAGUACCAGACGCAGCUGACCAACUGCCUUAAUUCGUUCCAGAAAAUCGACGUUCGCACCAGCAAGUAAUCCCAUUAUCUUGCUAAACUUAUGUUCUAAUUAAAUUUUAAUAAUGUAAUAAUUAAUAAUUUAUGGCAAUGCAUUUGAAUUCGAAGAAGAUUGAUAAUAAAUGACAAUACGACAAGAGAAUAAAUAUAAA